AUGGCAUCUCAGUUUGACAGUCGUGCGAAGCACGGACCAGCCCUGGCCGUAGAUCUCUCCUCUCUCGUCUCAACAUUGCACACCUCUCUAGCCGAUCACAAGCAGCGUUUCGAGAGUUUCUGCGAGACGCACCGGCAAAGGUUUCAGGGCAUUCAGGCCGCGUUGUCCUCGUUUCCACCCGCAUCACUGCCAUCCGGAGCAGCGGACUGCCGUUCUUCUUCCAGUAGGUCGCACGUCCAAUCAGUAUGGCAUCGCUCGGGUAAGGCACGACGAGCGGCGAAGGCGUCGCCAGGAGCAGAGGCUCGCGCAGCCCUUCCUCUAGCCGCCAUUUCGAGCGCCGCAUUUGUCAAAUCACCGGCUUCCGUAGCGCGAGUAAACAGCGAGAAGGCCGACGGUGCACCUGCCGUUACCAGCGCCAACUUCGGAAAAGCUCCCACGUCCAUGCCACUCUCCGUCGCGUCCCUAAAAACCGUAAACUCGGAAGCGUCCGCCAUCGAGGAGCGGAAUCUGACGUCAGAUGCGCCGGUCGCCGGAGGUGCAGCGCAGGAUCGGGCUGGGUGUGUGGAGCAGGUAGUGACGAGGCCGUCGGUGGUGCAGCUGUUGACGCACCCUCUGGCGCUCCUCCGCGGCAUUCCCAAGGACGCCGCGUUUUUCAUCUCCGGCGCCGUCGCCGGCGCUGCUGCUAAAACCGCGACCGCGCCGCUAGACCGAUGGAAGCUGAUGAUCCAGGUCAAGAGCGUUUUACCGGGGAAGGUCAUCCCGCCGACAGAGAUCAACCUCGUUAAGUCGUUUCUGGACAUUGGGAAGGAAGGCGGCAUUACUGCUUAUUGGAAAGGAAACCUGCCCCAGGUCAUGCGCAUUGUGCCGUACAGCGCAGUGCAGCUCUUCGCCUACGAGCUCUACAAGAAGCAAUUCCAAGGAAGCAGCAAGGAGUUGUCGGUGCCGGCGCGGCUGGCGGCGGGGGCGUGCGCGGGGAUGACGUCGACGCUGGUGACUUACCCGCUGGAUGUUCUGCGACUGCGCAUGGCGCUAGACGUUACCAACGGGAGCAUCGCGCAGGUGGCGAUGGCGAUGGUGAGGGAGGAGGGCGUCAAGUCGCUGUACAAGGGGCUGGGGCCGGCGCUGGUGUCCAUUGCGCCCUACAUCGCCCUCAACUUCUGCGCCUACGACAUGAUAAAGCGACGUGUGCCAGAGCAGUACCAGGGCACGCCGCAGGCGAACCUGGUGACAGCGCUGGCAGCAACAACACUGGCAACAGUGUCGUGCUACCCCAUCGACACUGUCAGGCGCCAGAUGCAGAUGAAAGGGUCUCCCUUUAACUCCAUGCUGGAGGCCUUCCCAGGAAUUGUGAGGCGAGAUGGCUGGCUGGGGCUCUAUCGAGGCUUUAUUGCCAACACGGUGAAGAACCUCCCUAACAGCAGUGUGCGCCUGACGACGUAUGACGCUGUGAAGAACACCAUUCUCUCAGGCCACUCGCAGUGGGACCGCCUAGUCGCAGAGCGCAAGCGUCAACUCACCAAGGCCAGGUCCACAGGCUGGAAUGGAAGCCACAGCCACAAUAGCGUUUGUGGUGGAAUCGAGCUGUUACGCUCUGUUGGUGUGUGGGGUGGGAGUGAGCAGUGGAGCCAGCCAUUGAAGAUUCGACUCCUUAUCCUCACCUCAUGCUCAACUAGACUAGCUGCACUUCGUACUCCAGCAGUUCCAGAAUCCUUGUCAGGCGGCAGAGCUGCGACGGACGCGAUGACGGCGGAGUUACCCGACGCGACCAACGGCGCGUACUUCCAUGGCGGCUUCGACGACGGAAUGUUCGGCAUGACGGACUUCGAUGGCAUCGAGUUCGACAUGGGGUUGGCGCAGGACAACCUCGACGCGGCGCACAAGCUCGGGCUGGGCGGCGCAGCCAUGGCCAUGGCGCGCGACAUGGGCGUGGGCGACGCGCCGGGCGACGACGACGACGACAUUUUCACGCAACUCGCCGCUGCCGCCCCCGACACGCAGUGCGGUAAGGACGCGUAA